AUGUCCGACAUCGAGAAGAUGAUCGGCGGCGACUAUGCCCAGCUCACCAAUACCAACAUCCGAUCCUUUGGAUGGAAGGGCGUCACAGUCUCCGUCAAGGAUCGACACAGCCAACAGCCCAAGACCAUCCUGUCAGACAUCAAUGGCAUCGUCAAGGCUGGCGAGCUGCUCGCCCUCAUGGGCCCUUCGUAAGUCCACCGCCAUUGACCCGACCUGCCUUGGCUCAAUUCGAGUGCUAACCGAUACCAGUGGUUCCGGAAAGUCCACCCUCUUGAACGUGUUGGCUCACCGAACGGCAUCCCUGGCUGCCAACGUCAAGGCUGCCAUCUACAUCAACGGCUCACCCGCCAACCCAAAGACCUUCCGCAGAAUCUCCGCGUACGUGGAGCAAGAAGAUGCGCUGGUCGGCUCGCUCACUGUGCGUGAGACUCUCAACUUCGCCGCACGACUGUCGCUCCCCAAGAACGUGAGCAAGCUGGAGCGCAUUCAGCGCAUCGAGGCUCUGCUCACAGCCUUCGGUCUGCAAGGCCAAGCCAACAACUUGAUCGGUACUCCCAUUAGGAAGGGCAUCUCUGGUGGUCAGAAGCGACGUGUCAGUGUCGCCGCACAACUCAUCACCAGCCCCAAGCUCCUCUUCCUCGACGAGCCCACCUCUGGUCUGGAUUCUGCUGCAUCCUUCGAGGUCAUCUCCUUUGUCAAGGACAUCGCCAAGAAGCACAACCUGAUCGUCAUUGCCUCGAUCCAUCAACCGUCCACCUCUACCUUCGCCAUGUUCGACAGACUUCUCCUGCUCUCGCAGGGCGGCACAGCCUACAGUGGACCAGUCUCCGAGGUACAGCCCUACUUCGAUGCUUGCGGCUUCCCCAUCCCACUGUACAUGAACCCGGCCGAGUUCAUCAUCGACUUCGUCAACACCGAUUUCGCCCGGGAUCGGAGCGAGGUCGACCAGCAACUGAACAUGGUCCACUCCUCAUGGCACAAAUCGCGCCUCGCGACCGCAACAGUCACUGAGCUCACGGACGAGAUGGCACGGAAUUCCAUGGAUACCGAGGUCAGUGCCGAGACCAAGGAUGAGUCUGCGGGUAGCCUUGCUAUCCCUGUGGCGCUCAUCCAUCGAUCCUUCAUCAAAUCUUACCGCGACAUCAUUGCCUACGGUAUCCGUAUCGCCAUGUACAUGGGUCUGGCUGUCAUGAUGGGCACCGUGUGGUUGCGUCUGAAUCCUGACCAGGGUAACAUUCAGUCCUUCAUCAACGCCAUCUUCUUCGGAGGUGCAUUCAUGUCUUUCAUGGCUGUGGCAUACAUCCCGGCCUUCUUGGAGGAUCGUUCCCUCUUCGUCAAGGAGCGCGCCAACGGUCUCUACGGCCCCACUUCAUUCCUUCUGGCCAACUUCAUCACUGGCAUUCCCUACCUGUUCCUGAUUGCGAUGCUCUUUUCUGUCGUCGCCUACUGGCUCUCCAAUUUCCGGCCCACCGCCCAGGCCUUCUUCACCUGGGUCAUGUGGCUCUUCCUCGAUCUCAUUGCCGCCGAGUCCCUCGUGGUGCUCAUCAGCUCUUUGAUCCCAAUCUUCGUCGUCGCCCUUGCUGGAACCGCAUUCGCCAACGGUCUCUGGAUGUGUACAGGUGGCUUCCUGGUACCUCCGCAGACGCUCAAUCCAUUCUGGAGAUACGUCUUCCACUACAUCGACUAUCAGUCGUAUGUGUUUCAAGGCAUGAUGGUCAACGAAUUCGGCCAGCGAAACUUCACAUGCGGUACCAACUCCCAGGGCGGCUGCUCCUGCAUGUACGAGACCGAGCUUGCCGACCGCUGCAUGAUUGCAGGCACUGGCGUGCUAGAAAACUACGGCUACAAGACUGGCGAGACUGGCAAGUGGGUCGGAAUCAUGCUUGGCAUCAUUCUUGGCUACAGAAUACUUGGAUGGCUCACCCUCUAUCUGCGAAAGAACUAG